GGAGUCUCCUCAAACGCUGUCAUCCCGAGCAGCGCUGAGACGGCGGCUCAAUCCCUAAACGCCCGGAUGAGAGCAGAAGGCGACGUUCAGGGCAACAUGGUCGCGUGAGUCGUGGUCAACCGGUCCAUUCCAUCCGGGUGGUUGUGGGCAAACGACGACGACAGCCACUGCUGGAAUCUGUGACAUUUUCGACGCGACCCACGGAGAGCGUUUCUGGGAAAAUACACAGGCAGCGAUAGAGACGUGGAGGCGGAGAGGAACGGCACAUUUCCCCCCUCUUUCUGCGGUGUCCUAUUUCGUUGCCCCAUCAAUUCUCUGUGAUUUCUCGUCUCUGACAUUCACUCGUCUCCCUCCACAUUGUCUGUCACCCUAUUUACUGACGUGAGGAUACAUGAAGGUGAAGGGUCGCGCGGACAGGCCGUCUCACACUUCGCUAUGGAAUGCUCCCCGCACCCACCAUCACUAGUCUCCACUCUCUGGACUGAGCUCCAAACGCUGAGUUAGCGGCUGGGCUUCUCCCCUCGAACUCUUUACAAACAGGGGACGAAGAGUGGACUUGGCUUAAGUCCUCCGCUAAAAGCGGACAAAGCUCUUUUUUAAAUUUAUUUGAGCUAUUUUAGUUCUCUCCGCUUGGAUAAAAAAAGAAAAUCUAUAAAUAUAUCAAGAUGGAUAUGGAAGGGUAUCUGUGGCUGGUCAUCCUUGGCUUCAUCAUCGCCUUCGUGCUGGCCUUCUCGGUGGGCGCCAACGACGUGGCCAACUCCUUCGGCACGGCGGUGGGCUCCGGCGUGGUCACGCUGAAGCAGGCGUGCAUCCUGGCGUCCAUCUUCGAGACGCUGGGCUCCAUUCUGCUGGGGGCCAAGGUCGGGGAGACCAUCCGGAAGGGCAUCAUCGACGUCAGCCUGUACAACGAGACGGUGCCCGUGCUCAUGGCGGGGGAGGUCAGCGCCAUGUUCGGGUCGGCCGUCUGGCAGCUGAUCGCCUCCUUCCUCAAGCUGCCCAUCUCCGGGACUCACUGCAUCGUCGGCGCCACCAUCGGCUUCUCCAUGGUGGCCAUUGGCACCAGGGGCGUGCAGUGGAUGCAGCUCGUCAAGAUCGUGUCCUCGUGGUUCAUCUCCCCUUUGCUCUCUGGACUCAUGUCUGGACUCCUCUUCCUGCUCAUCAGACACUUCAUCCUCAACAAGGAAGAUUCCGUCCCCAACGGCCUGCGAGCGCUGCCCGUCUUCUACGCCACCACCAUCGGCAUCAACACGUUCUCCAUCAUGUACACCGGAGCGCCGCUGCUCGGGUUGCAGAUGCUCCCGGUGUGGGCCAUCUUCCUCAUCACUUUAGCUGGGUCGCUGAUCUGUGCAGCUCUGGUCUGGUUCUUGGUCUGUCCCUGGAUGAGGAGGAAAAUAGCAAGUCGCCUAAAGAAGGAGCAGGCCCUCUCCAGGAUCUCCGACGAGAGCCUGGACAAGAUCCCCGAAGAGGAAGAGGAGAGCCCCGUCUUCAAGGAGCUGCCGGGGGCCAAGGGCACGGACGAGGCCGUGCUGUCGCUCACGGGCGGCGCCGAACGGAGCGCACGCGAGUUCAGCAGAGAACUCGCCAACAUGUCCAAUGGAGGCAACAUCCUGCCCAAUGGCAGGGCGUACGGCCGGACCAACUCGAUGACCAACGGCUGCCUCAAGUCGCCCAUCUCCAACGGCAGCUUCAGCUUCGACAGCGGCCACGUGCGCAGCGACGGCCAGGUGUACCACACCGUGCACAAGGACUCGGGCCUGUACAAGGACCUGCUGCACAAGAUCCACCUGGGCCGCAUGGACGACGGCGACCGCUCGGGCUCCAACUCGGGCCAGCCGGACAACAACUACCGCCUGCUGCGGCGCAACAACAGCUACACCUGCUACACGGCGGCCAUCUGCGGCAUGCCCGUGCAGCCGCUCGUCCGCUCGGAGUCCCGCGACGACAGCGAGAAGCUGGUGGGGGAGGGGGGCGGCCGGAGCAACAGCGUGUCCUACACCAAGAAGCGGGUGCGCUACGACAGCUACUCGUCGUACUGCAACGCCGUGGCGGAGGCUGAGAUCGAGGCCGACGAGGGCGGGAUGGAGAUGAAGCUGGCCACGGAGCUGGAGGGGCUGGACGAGGACGGAGCGCCGGCUCCCGUGCCCCUGGACGACUUGGCCGAGGAGGAUAACGAGGAGAAGGACAAGCCCGAGGUCUUCCUGCUGUUUCACUUCCUGCAGAUCCUCACCGCCUGCUUCGGCUCCUUCGCCCACGGAGGCAACGAUGUCAGUAACGCCAUCGGGCCCCUGGUGGCGCUGUGGAUGAUCUACGACCAGGGCGGCGUGAUGCAGGACGGCGACACCCCGCUCUGGCUGCUGCUUUACGGCGGCGUCGGCAUCUGCGCCGGCCUGUGGGUGUGGGGCCGCCGCGUCAUCCAGACCAUGGGCAAGGACCUGACUCCUAUCACGCCCUCAAGUGGAUUCACGAUUGAACUGGCCUCUGCACUCACAGUGGUGUUUGCUUCCAAUAUCGGAAUCCCUGUCAGUACCACGCACUGCAAGGUGGGCUCGGUCGUGGCCGUGGGUUGGAUCCGCUCCAAGAAGGCGGUGGACUGGCACCUCUUCAGGAACAUCUUCCUGGCGUGGUUCGUCACGGUGCCCUUGGCCGGCCUAUUCAGCGCCGCCGUCAUGGCCGUGUUCGUCUACGGCAUCCUGCCCUUCGUCUGAGGGACGCACGUCUGGGAGGGAGGAUGGAGGAGGAGGGUGGAGAUGGAGGAGAUGGAGGAGAGAGAGAGAGACACUCGGGUAAAAAAAAAUUAUCCAAGCUUGGGUGUCGGAGGUACAGAAAAUGGAGGGGGGAGACGAAGUGAGGGAAUGGGUGAGGGAGGAGAGAGAGAGAGAGCGAGAGAUCUAUUUGCCUCACUUGGGUUAGCUGAUCGGUUCCUAUUUAUUCUCUUCAUAAGAAAGUGAGCCGCCAACAUGUUUCACCCACCAUUCAAUCGGCUGCGACAACAAUGUGGGAGGUUUCCAGUCACUCUUUUCUGUCUCGUCAUAAACAAAAAAAACAACAACAAAAACCUAAAACAAGAUCCCGUGUUAAAAAAACAGACUGCGCGCGGACACUGCCGUAAAAAUCGUUCUACCAGCAACCGUAUCGUAGCCGGUCAAGUGCUCAUUAUUACUGUUCCAAAAUGCCAGGAAAAAAACCCCUGUACAUAUUGUAUCGGAUUGAGUGUGAUUUGUUGUAUUGCGGCUUGCUUUAAAGUAUAAAAAAAAGAAGAAGAGGAAGAAAAGAUGUGCGUGUGGUAAACCAAACCAUCCAUCGUCUCACUAGCCAGGGCCAAACGGAGAGGACGCCUCAGAGAGAGCGGCGGUGAGACUGUCACUCUGCCAUUUCUUUGUUUGUUUUGUUCACACAAUACCACAGAAACCUGAUUUGCUAAAGAAGUUGAUUUUUCUUUGUUUGUUUUUUUCUUUGUCAAGAGCUCCUGUAUGUUUUUAGAAAUGGAUCUCAUAUUUUUUAAUGAUGUAAUAUACUGUAAUUUGUACUGUAAAUACUGUCCGUAUAGAGUUUUGGGAGAGGUUUCACGGUUUGUUUUUAAGGAGGGAGGGGCGGGCUCGUCAUCAUGUCACAUUAUACAGUGUCUUUCAUCCCAGAGUACACACACACACACAGGCUGUCGUUUUUGCAGAAACGAUUUGAAGAAGAAGCAUUUAAAAAAAAAUACAUUAAAAAAAAAAGGGAUUUAACUGUAAAUCAAUGAAUCCACAUUCACAGAGAAACAUGGGGACGUUUCAUUCCUUCUGAUUCUUGUCGCAUCAGUAAAUUCAACAGGAUUAGCAGCUCCCUCUUGGAAUAAUGUUGAGCCACGUUAAAGAUAUUCAAAAGAUAUGCCGAAUGAGUUUUAAGCGCCGCAGAAACUAAGAAACACCCAACCAGGUGGUGCAAAAGGUUCACAUAUCUUCAUCCAUGUGCCUUUUAGUUUGAAACGAGCCUCUGCGCCACGUCAGACGUCAUUACCAAACGUGGUAUCAAGUGUGUGUGUGUGUGUGUAGGUAUAUACAAAUCAGCCAGUUAAUGCAGAGGUGGACAGAAAGGGGAUUCGAACCCCCGGCCCACACGUGUAGCUCCUCAGAAUGGGCCGGUUGUUGUUUUUGGAAUUGUAGAAGCGUUUUAGUCUGAUCUCCUGCAUUUAAAUACAAGUACUGAAGGUAGGGGGGGGGGGGAGGAUAUGACAGAAAUAUCACAAGACUUUUUGUCUUCGGAUCAUUAUUUUUGAAUGAAGCGGGUAUCAGGAGCGUUGGUACCGAUCAUCACCAGCUUUUUAACAAGGUCACCUCACCUGUAGAAGAACAAAGUCUAAAGCGUUUUUUAAUUUUAUUUUUAUUUGAACAAACCAUACCAGGUGUUGCAAGGUCUCUUUUUUUCUUUUUCUUGUGGUGUUUUUUCCUAAUUUCAUGUUGAACAAAUCUAUGCUUAAGUAGCCACUUGCCUUGUAACAUUGUUUUACUUUGUGCAGAUACGGUCAAAUAAUGAAGUACUGUGGUGUUUACAUGGUAACCAUAUUGUAGAGUAUCUGGAAUGAAUAAAAAACGUUGCCUAAUGAUGCCAAUGAAAGACGGAACUAUUAACCAUGAAAUAUUUUUUUUGCAAGUAAAAAAGAAACCUGAAGUGUCUAGAGAGAGAGAGAGCGAGUGAGUGAGAGGACUCGGUUGUUGUUGUUGUUGAGUAGAAGUAGUUCUAAUCAUGACCCCUGUCACUGUACACUGCUACUACAUGUUCAGUAAUGAAGAGAAUGACUGGAGAAAUCUCAUCAAGACGAUAUAUUUUUCUACCAUAUCUGAGUUUUAACCGAGCGAGCACACGCCGUGGGGGGCGGGGGGGGGGGCUUCCUCCGGUGCCCGCUAGUUUGACGUGCCAGAUGCCAAUUGAUCCGAUUUUUGAAAAUUACCAAUUCAAUAUUUUCGUUUCUUCAUUAUUAGAUGGAAAAACACUUUGUAAUUUUGUUUCCCUGUACCACUUAUUGAUCAUGAGCUGCGAAGGCAAAGUCUCGCGAGACUCUUAAAUAUUCAACGUGAUAACCGGACUAUGAGGACCAUUUGUUUCCAUGUAAAGGUAUGCAGUGAAGUGUUGAAUGCUGACAAAACAAUAUUUAUUCACGUCUAAAAAUGAAAAGCUGCACGGCUUCGUCACAACAUCGCAGCUUUAACUUUGACCCUCUUGCUCGUGGAUCCGCUGCGCAAAGGAUUGUGGGUCAGAGUCCAUGCAGAGUAGUAUGUAGUAGUUUGGUUGCGUAAACGAUGAGAUAAGACCAGUCACGUUUCUCACGGCGGGUUUGACUGGACAGAGGCCCUUCUUUUAACUCUUUGUGCGCGUGCGUCCAUGCAUUCUCAGUCCUGAUAGGCCAAACCGGAUGCGGGGGGGGGGGGCGGUGAAAAUGAAAAUGGUCGACGUUAAACACGUCUUAAUUGUAACAGCUCAAACUAUCACAUGUCAAAUGUCAAUGGAAGCAACCAAUGCGUGUCUUUUGUAGCCUUAAAUACUGAUAAUAGAAUUAAAAGUGACCGUAGGUGUUAUUUCUUAAAAGUUAAAACACUGAAAAGUCAGCUAAUAAGCUUUGACUAACAACCCCACGACUUGAUUCAAAUGCCUCUGAUUGGUGCACACAAAAACACGUGACAUCACGUUUUCCCCAACAAAGCCACGCCCAUUUCAAACCCGUCUGGAGGCCCAUCUGAUGAGGAAUAAUCCAAAACUUAUUUCUGAAAAAGAUGCAUUUUGAUGGUGAACACAAUCGUUCAACGUAAGAAGCUGAUUAAAAGAAAACUUUCUUUUGGGCCUUUAAAUGACCUCGUAGCAGGGAAACGGAAGUUGACAUUUCUUUCUCCCUGAAUUGUGCAAAUCCCCCGGUGGCGUAACAGCGCCCCCUGCUGCCCGGGUGGGAACCAGCAGCCUGGAAGUCUCUUGUGUCCUGGUCCGUUUGCCAUGUGCUCCUUGGCGGCCUGCAGACUUUACAAGCUCCGUGUUGUCCUUUUACUGUUUACUACUAUCUUAACUGUCCAGUCCUUCAAAAAGUUUGAAAAAAUUAAGAAAUAAACAAAAGAAUGAAUAAAUAAAAAUCUAAAUAAACUGUAGCCUGCUUCUACAAGAUCUUAAAGCUCUUCUGAUUUGCAUAUAUCGUACUGUAAUGUUUUAUUUAAGAUUUUAGUGAGUAAAAAAGAAAAGAUGUCUGCAUUUUAAACUAAAUUAUGGGAAUUAAAAUUACAAAGAAUACUUGAA